AUGCUGCGGUCCGAUAGCCAGGCUAGAAUGGUGGUGGUGCGCCAGCAUGAGCCCCUGUGCAGCCCCUGCCUGCACGACAGCAUCUCCGCAAAGGCCCGCUCUGCCAUCCGCUCCCACGCCCUCAUCCGCCCGGGGGACACGGUGGUGCUCGCCUACUCUGGGGGCCAUGCCUCCGCCCUGCUCCUCCACCUCCUCGCCGCCAUGCGCUCCCUCAACCUCAAGCACCCAGAGAAGCGCAAGGUGCCCUUCACGCUGCACGUGGUGCACAUUGACGAGCGGGCCGCUCACUCCGAGAAUGUUGAGGAAAGCGGGCCCGGCCCCUCGGCGCAUGCAGCGGCGGUGGGCGGCUACUGCACCGACGCCGGGGUCGCCUUCCACGCCGUCCCCCUGCAUGCAGUGCUGUUGGACGGCGGCUCACACAGCGGGACCGAACCCAACACGGCGGCCGGCGCAGGACGCCUCCGCGCACUGCUGGACUCGGUGGCCGACGCGACGGCACGCGACGACACGCUGCGCGCGCUGCGCACGCGGCUGCUCCUCCGCACCGCGCGCGCGCUGGGGGCGCGCAGCCUGGCCCUGGGCUGCAGCAGCACGCGCCUGGCGGCCCACGCGCUGGCUGAGGCCUGCAAGGGCCGAGGCCACGGCGUCGCGGCCGGCGCGCGCCUCGUCGACGCGCGCCACGGGCCCGCGCUACCCUUUUUCUUCCGCCCCUUCCGCGACACGUCCACGCGGGAGCUGGCGGCCUGCGCGCAUCUCCUGGCCCUCCCCGUCCCCGCCCGCGCCCCCCAGCGCUACUUGGCCGGCCGGCGUGGCGCGCGCAGCAUCAACCUGCUGGCCGAGGACUUUGCGCUGGCGCUGCUGGCCGCCAACCCGUCGGCCGCCAGCAACGUGAUGAGCGUGCUGGACCGCCUGCAGGCCUUCGACUGGAGCGAGGCCGGGCGGGCAGGGGGCGUGGACACACAGACGGGUCGGGCGCAGGACCGGGGAACCACGCUGUGCCCGCUGUGCCUCAACCCGCGCGGGCCGCGCGACGGGCCCGGUCGCGACGGGGCGGUGCCUGAAGCUUCGCGCCUCCCCGUCCCCGCCGCCGAGGCCCUGGCGCGGACCUGCGCCGCCUGCCGCGUCGGGGUGCUGGGGCUUGGACUCGGGAGGAACCACGAUCCGGACGAGGGCACGACCGCCGCGCUGCUCGGCGCCUUUGCCGCGCUGGCGGCGGAGCAGGGAGAGGAGCCGCUAGCGGAUCGGCCGGCGCCAGUGCCACGGGAGCGCAUGCGCGCCGCCAUCGCCGACUGCCUGCUCUGA